AUGUACACUCUCUUCAUUUUCUUGGCCGUGUGCACAGUGUCGUUCGGCAAUCCAGGUCUCCGCUCCCGCAGAACGGGCACGCACAGGCGAAACGCACUUUCAGGAGAUGCCGCUCAUCCAAAACGAACCAUCGACCACCGAGAAGCUGCAGCGUGCGAGAACGGCACCUACGUUGCCGAUAUCGUCUGGAUGGAACAGGGCACAUCACCUGGUCUCAAUGUUCAGGUCGGCGAAGACGUUUUGACUGUCGUAUUCGACCUGGGCAGCAGUCCUUUCUAUGUCCUCGGAGCGAAUUGGGGGUGCAUUGACCAUAUCUACGGCAACAUUACGCACUACCCACGGAGCAAAUGCGGCGGCGAAGCGAACACCACGAGCCCUGGGUUUACAUUCUCGGGUGGCUCGAUUAUCGGUGCUGGUUUCAACUCUACCUACGCCGGUGGCCUUUACGGAGCUCUAGGCGAAAUCGGCUACCAGGAAAUUACUCUUGGAAAUCUCACCGUCCCGAAUGCGAUCACCGGGAUCGCAACGCAGGUCGAAAUCGCACGCAGCGGCGUGCUCUCGACUAACGGCGUAAUGGGCUUCGCUUUUCCAUUCCUCACAUCUUACUGGCGACGAUCCGAACUUGAUCAGGUUGGAGAGCUCCAAUAUGUCACAAACAUUUCUCACUACAAACCUGUCGUUUUCCAAGCGGCGGCGGACGGCCUUGUCAACCCAAUAUUUGGAUACUAUUACGACGGCCUAGGCGGUGUAGACGGCACGGUCUGUGGCCAGCUUACCCUCGGCGCGGAGCCCAAUAUCCGUUCGGGACCGUACUCGCAGGAUGUGCCCGUAGUACCUUAUACCGAUGAGACUGGCGAUCCUUCCACUCAUAACUUCGCGUUUUGGAACUUUCACAUCGACGGGCUCAAGAUCCUUCACUCCCCAGACGCAGACCCUGUGAUCUUCUCGUACCUUGACGACGACCCGGUAGACGUCAUACCGUUUGAAGGAAAUGGCACGUCGAUGCGGCCGUAUAUAAAACACACUCCUGCACUCGACACGGGCACUUUGUAUUCUUCGAUUCCCCGAGACGUGUUCGACGAACUCACCAAACACAUCGACCCGGCUCCAUUCGUCGACAAGUACGGCGUCCUCGCCACCGCAUGCAACGCAACCGUGCCAGACCUGGCCGUCAUGAUCGCCGGUUCGGAUCUCUGGUUCAAUCGCUCGGGUAUUGUCUUCCCACCCAGCUGGAAUCCUGAAGAAGAGUCGUGCGAGCUCGCGAUUACUGCCGACGACUUUGUGGGGCUCGGAUCGACGUGGUUGAUCAACGUGGUGGCGGUGCAUGAUUUCAGCGAUUCGGAAAGACCGGUGUCGAGGUUUGCGCAGAGGCGAGGCGAUGUCGAGGACACUAUUGCCGCUGAGAUGCAGACGGCGUGGUGCAACGGCGGCUGCUGA